CUGUCUAUCUACUUCAACUCCACUACAUCUCAGAGGUUGAAGACAUCAUGGCGAGUAAAGAAUUAACCUAUCGCGAGUGCACCAUUGAGAUUGAGAAUAAGUGCCCUGAGUUCACCCUGUGUAACCCACAGUUGUACACUAAAAGUGGUUUCUGUAAGAGUCCUCUGCCGCCAACACUUGGCCCGUCUGAAUCCGGCAAAGCUCAGUUCAACAAGACUUCUUUCUCGGCACGUGGAGCUGUUGGAGUCUUCACUUACGAUAUCCAGAAUGAGUCCAAAGAGGAAUGCCUUGAAAAAGUGGCUGUCAUGUUCUCUGUCCCUUAUGACUACAUCAUGUACUCGAACAUGUAUGCAGUGGGAGCCUUCGACAAUAAUAGAAAGGGUGAUGAAAUCCUUUUUGAAGAGAUGUGUAACAACACCAACCCACAGUCAGGGUUUGUCAGAGGUAAAGCUAAAGACUCCCAAAGUCUGACUCACAAAGGUGAACAUGUUACCGUCCGAGCUACCAUGUCAAACAGUGCCACAUCUGUCGUCAAGGUACAGGUGUGCAUCAAAUGAAAUAUGAAGCAUCACAGAAAACAGUGAGCUUGGUGAGGAAAUAUUCACUUAAAUUGACAAAAAGUGUAUUAGAUUAAAAUCACAUCUAACAUCUUACUAUACCUUUUAAACCAUGUAAACCUAUUCUGGUAUAACCUCUAAAUACAAUUAUGAACCUUAAAAAAGGAGCAUAACAUGCGGUCAUUAACUCAAAAGAUUAAUCAACUUUCAUUUCAUAAUGUCAAUUUUUUCUCGACAUUAGUUUAUCUUUAUAAAUCUGAAUCUGUGUAUGAACUUUUGUCUCUGUUUGCAUUGCAGAAAAUAAAUUCUGAACUUCAA